GUUCACAAUUUACCAACCGCUCCAAAAUCAAAAUAAAACUGAGGAGUGAAUUGAAAGUAGAGAGACUGUUCGAAUGUUGGAAUCAAAGCAGGAGAGAAGAUGGAAAACAGUGAGGAACAAAAGUACAGAGUCCGGAGAUUAGAGAUCUCAGACAAGGGAAAAGGCUUCAUCGAGUUACUGCAGCAACUCAGCGUAUGCGAUUCCGUCUCCGACAAGGAAUUCGAGGAUCGAUUCCGAGACCUCAGUGUUCUCGGCGACGAGCACGUGAUCGGCGUGAUCGAAGACGAGGCUUCCGGAAAGAUCAUUGCGACGGGGAGCGUGUUUAUCGAGAAGAAGUUUUUGAGGAAUUGCGGCAAAGUUGGGCACAUUGAGGAUGUUGUUGUGGAUUCUAGCAUACGCGGGAAGCAUUUGGGGAAGAGAAUGAUCGAGUUCCUAACGGAGCAUGCGCGGGAUAUGGGAUGCUACAAGGUCAUUCUUGAUUGCAGCGUCGAGAACAAGGCGUUCUACGAGAAAUGUGGCUUCCAGCAGAAAUCUGUUCAGAUGGCUAUGUAUUUUGCUUGAACAUUAGUAUUUUUUUCUUUACUUCCUUUCCUUUUGCUUAUGAAUAUUUACCUAACGCCAUUGAUGAUCUAUCUAUGAGUACAUUCCUUGUCCUUUCAUUUU